AUGUCAUCCUCGCUCAACACCCUGGGCGCAGCCGCGGAGGACCGCAAGGCCCGGCUCGCACGCCUACGAGGUCUCAAAAGAAAGCAGCCAAACGACGAGGUCGCCGCCCCCGAGUCGGAAAGGUCCCCGUCGCAGCCAGAGGAGCCCGACGUUACGCGGCUGCACCUGUCUGGACGCAACUAUGACUUCGAGACAAAGGGCCCGAAAUUGGGCUUCGAGCAUAUGCCGAACCAAGGCUUGGACGCGCCGACCCUAGAAGAACAAGCGGCCGAGGUGGAUGCCCAAGUCCAGAGACAAGCGGCCGACGAGGCGCAAGACGACAAGGGCAUCGACCUGCUCAAACUACAACCGAAAAAGCCAAACUGGGACUUGAAGCGAGACUUGGACAAGAAAAUGGAGAUUCUCAACGUCCGGACCGACAAUGCCAUCGCGAAGCUAGUCCGUGACAGAAUAACGCGCGCCCAAAAGGCGGCGCAAAAGGACGGCGACCCGGCGAAUGCGCUGGCCGACGGAGAGGCUGCUGGAAUGGAUGGCCUGGCUCUCGUUGAAGGUCUCCGGGUCAGGGAACAAGCGGGAAAGGAAGAAGAGGAGCGAGAAAGGGAGGAGGCAAUGGCAUAA